AUGCUCUCCCAGUACCUGCGCAAGCGCGUCUCCGUGGUGACGGUAGAUGGCCGUAAUCUCGUCGGCGUACUCCACGCAGCCGAUCAGCUGCUGAACAUCGUACUCACGUCCUGCGUCGAGCGCACUGGCGCACCGUACGACUUCGACGAUGACGCGUCCGAAGAGGACAACGGUGGCGUGGUCGAUGAAGAUGUCUCCACGGCUGUCCGCAGCGGUGGCACUGCACGCAAUGCACUGCCGCCCCUGGAAGAAGUACAACUGGGCGUGAUGAUGCUGCGCGGUGCCGACGUGGUCUCCAUAGCUGCCAUCGACGUGUACGAGGAGGCUGGCACAAACGUGAAGGAUUGGCGAGGACGGGAUAUGCCGCCUGCCACGACUGUAGCGAGGUCGUGGUGA